AUGCAAGAAUUUGAGGCCAGUUAUCAUGAUGUAAAUUAAGCAGCUUUAAUCUUUUAUGAAGACACAGAUGGUAGUCAUCAGGAUACUGAUAAGUUUUUGAAUUGGGAGGAGGAUCUGAUCUAAAUAUCAAAGGCAUCUCCCUCUCAAAGAGACUAUAAAAAAAACAUCUGUCGGAACAUAUUAAGAUAGGCUGUUAAAUCUAUGAGGAGGGGAAAAUAGUUCGAAUUUCUAUAAAUGGAACUAUAGCGAGAAACUUCUCAUUUUAUAGAUUAUUAUCAGAAAAAUUUACAUAACAUAAAUGGAUUCAGAAGCCUCAAAAAAUAAUUAAUCAUAGACUAAAAGGACACGGCUGAAUUAAAAUUGUGGAAACGUGUCUUUCAGUCAUACAUGGUUUGGUUCUUGAAUUAAAGAGCAUCUCUCUUCAUUCUGAAUGGAGAAGCCAACAACUUCAAAGAAUACCUAAGAUUCAAAAAUGAAGUUAUGUUGUUUUAUGCAUAAUUUCCUGAACAAUGGUGUUCAAAUGAACCAGCCUGGAAAAUUUGUAAUUGA